AGAGAGAGUCCCUACUGCGCAGGCGCUGCCGCAGCCAAGAGUCACAGCAGCAGAAAGAGGAGGAGGAGGAAGGGGAGAAACACUAAUUGGGUCUCCGUCUCCUUUUGCCGGCAUCCCAAUCCCGGGGAGCAAUCAAGGAAGGGACUCAGGGAGCAGCGGAAGCGAGCGCCGGUUCUUUCUUCCUCCCCCUUCGUGGCUCCUUUCCCGGGUCCAAGGAUGGCGGCGCCUCUGUCGGACAGCGAGAAGAGGAAGCAGAUCAGCGUGCGGGGCAUCGCGGGGCUGGGCGACGUGGCCGAGAUCCGCAAGAGCUUCAACCGGCACCUCCACUUCACGCUGGUCAAGGACCGCAACGUGGCCACCCCACGGGACUACUACUUCGCCCUCGCCCACACCGUCCGCGACCACCUGGUGGGCAGGUGGAUCCGCACCCAGCAGUACUACUACGAGAAGGACCCCAAGCGGAUUUAUUACCUGUCCUUGGAAUUCUACAUGGGACGAACGCUUCAGAAUACAAUGGUCAACCUGGGCCUGCAGAACGCCUGUGAUGAAGCCAUUUACCAGCUUGGUCUAGAUCUGGAAGAACUGGAGGAAAUUGAGGAAGAUGCCGGCCUGGGAAAUGGAGGACUGGGUCGCCUGGCAGCUUGCUUUCUGGACUCUAUGGCAACGCUGGGACUGGGAGCCUACGGCUAUGGGAUCCGCUACGAGUUUGGCAUCUUUAAUCAGAAGGUUGUUGAUGGUUGGCAGGUGGAAGAGGCUGAUGACUGGCUGCGUUAUGGCAAUCCUUGGGAAAAAGCCCGCCCGGAGUACAUGCUUCCUGUGCACUUUUAUGGACGGGUGGAUCACACUCCUGAUGGCAUUAAAUGGGUCGACACUCAGGUCGUCCUUGCCAUGCCUUAUGACACCCCGGUUCCAGGAUACAAGAAUAAUACUGUCAAUACAAUGAGACUGUGGUCAGCCAAAGCACCCAACGAUUUCAAUCUUGAAGAAUUUAAUGUUGGUGAUUAUAUCCAGGCUGUUCUUGACCGAAACUUGGCAGAAAACAUCUCCAGAGUGCUGUAUCCAAAUGAUAAUUUCUUUGAAGGGAAAGAGCUGCGUUUGAAGCAGGAAUACUUUGUGGUGGCUGCCACUCUCCAGGACAUCAUACGGCGAUUCAAGUCUUCCAAAUUUGGUUGCCGUGACCCUGUGAGGACUUGCUUCGAGACCUUCCCUGAUAAGGUUGCCAUUCAGCUGAAUGACACUCACCCAGCACUCUCUAUUCCUGAGCUUAUGAGGAUCUUUGUUGAUGUGGAACAUAUGGAUUGGGACAAGGCCUGGGAUAUCACAAAGCGAACGUGUGCGUACACCAACCACACUGUGUUGCCCGAAGCCCUGGAGCGCUGGCCUGUUUCUAUGUUUGAGAAGCUCCUGCCAAGGCACUUGGAGAUCAUCUAUGCUAUCAAUCAGAAGCAUCUGGAUCAUGUGGCCGCCCUGUAUCCUGGAGACAUUGACCGCCUGCGCCGAAUGUCUGUGAUCGAAGAAGGGGACUGCAAGAGGAUCAAUAUGGCCCAUCUGUGCGUCAUUGGCUCUCAUGCAAUCAAUGGGGUGGCCAGGAUUCACUCGGAGAUUGUGAAAAAUUCUGUAUUUAAAGAUUUCUAUGAUAUAGAGCCGGAGAAGUUUCAGAACAAGACAAAUGGGAUCACUCCCCGGCGAUGGCUCCUGUUGUGCAACCCAGGACUCUCUGAUAUCAUUGCGGAGAAAAUUGGGGAAGAUUUUCUGACGGAUCUCAGCCAACUAAAGAAGCUGCUGGACUUUGUUGACGACGAGGCCUUUAUCAGGGAUGUAGCCAAAGUUAAACAGGAGAACAAGCAGAAGUUCUCAGCCUACUUGAUGGAACAGUACAAGGUGAAAAUCAAUCCUUCCUCUAUGUUUGAUGUUCACGUCAAGAGAAUUCAUGAAUACAAAAGGCAACUCCUCAACUGCCUGCAUAUCAUCACUCUUUACAAUCGCAUCAGGAAAGACCCCAAAAAGUCCUACGUGCCAAGAACUGUUAUGAUUGGAGGAAAGGCUGCCCCUGGCUACCACAUGGCAAAGAUGAUUAUCAAACUCAUCACAUCCAUUGGAGACGUGGUUAACAACGACCCUUACAUAGGGGAGAGGUUGAAAGUAAUCUUUUUGGAGAACUACAGAGUGUCCCUUGCAGAGAAAGUGAUUCCUGCUGCAGACCUGUCUGAACAGAUCUCCACCGCCGGGACGGAGGCUUCAGGGACCGGGAACAUGAAGUUCAUGCUGAACGGGGCCCUCACCAUUGGGACGAUGGAUGGUGCCAACGUGGAAAUGGCUGAGGAAGCUGGAGAGGAGAACCUGUUUAUUUUUGGCAUGCGAGUGGAAGACGUGGAGGCGAUGGAUAAGAAAGGGUACAAUGCGAAGGAAUACUAUGACCGGAUCCCAGAACUCAGACAAGCGAUUGAUCAAAUUAAUAGCGGUUUCUUCUCGCCGGAUGAUCCAGGACGUUUCCGAGACAUUGUUAACAUGUUGAUGUAUCAUGACAGGUUUAAGGUGUUUGCUGAUUACGAAGCUUACAUCAAGUGUCAAGGGCAAGUGGACCAACUGUAUAUGAACCCAAGAGAGUGGACGAAAAAGGUCAUCAAGAACAUUGCGUGCUCCGGCAAGUUUUCCAGCGACCGGACAAUCACAGAGUACGCGAGGGAGAUCUGGGGGGUGGAGCCCUCAGCGGUGAAGAUCCCUCCGCCCAACAUCCCCCGGGAGUGAGUGAGUGAGUGAGAGAGUCCACUCACUCAGAGCGGUGCAUGCAGACACCCUUCCUUCUGGGUUGGUUUGCCAACAAGGCUCUCCUGCUCCCCAAUGAAUUUUCCACAGAUGAAUCCAAACUCGCAUUCUUUACCACCCUUUGGUUGUCUCAUACUUAUCUAGACGUGGUGGUGACUUGAAGAGAAGGUAACCAGUGUCCUAGAUGAACUUAGUCAAGGAAGCAAAGAGGUGACCAAAACCUUGUUGGGUUCGAAACCUAAAGCACUGGCCUCCAGCAGGAGAAAUGAAAGUAAAUAAGGCCAUGUUUUAAAAUCGUGUUUAACCAAUGCAAUUUAUGUGCAUGCUAUGUAUUUCAGGAAGCUGCUCAAGUUUGUAGAAUUUUGUUCCAGCAGCAGUCCAUCUUGUUCAAUGAAUUAGAAGACGCUUGUGACUAUUAUAAAGCAACAGCAAAACCAAGAAUUGAUGUGGUAGAGAUUUUAAAAAGCGGGUUGGAAGUUUUCGACAACAUGGACAGAUGUAUCCCCCUCUUUUUAAAAAUAAACAUCACCAUCAUCAUCAUCAUUUAAUUACUUAUUAAUCGCCCUCCAUCCAAGAUGCUCUAGAUGAUUUACAAGAUAAAAUUGUAAAGGAUAAAAACAUACAUACAAAUAUUGAUAAAAUUAACAUAGAUCAAAAGCA